CUCGAACCCCACACGUAUCCGGACUAUACUUUCCACUUCUCCAGGCCAAAUUUCGAGGCCAAUCUCUCUCUCUCUGUAGAACAGAAAAUUUGACUUUUCCCAUGGCGGUUUUGGGCCCGUUGCUAAGGGCGAGAGGCUCAACGACGAUCUCCUCCAUGGCCUCUACAAUCCGGGCGUUCUCUUCGUGCUCUACACCGAAUUUCGAAAAUGACCUCAAACCACCGUCUCUGCUGGCCCAGAAGCCCCUCCCUCUGCGCCACGACCCCCAGGAUAGAACCGUUCAGUGGGUUUUCCUCGGCUGCCCUGGUGUCGGAAAAGGCACCUACGCGUCUCGACUAUCUAACCUCCUCAGUGUCCCUCACAUCGCCACCGGCGAUCUCGUCCGCGAAGAGCUCUCCUCCUCCGGUCCCCUCGCUUCCCAGCUUGCGGAGAUUGUUAACCAAGGAAAACUUGUUUCAGAUGAAAUUAUAAUAAAUUUGUUGUCCAAGCGUCUUGAAGCUGGUGAAGCUAAGGGUGAAAUUGGCUUCAUCCUUGAUGGUUUCCCUCGAACCAUAAGACAGGCGGAAAUUCUAGAGGGGGUAAUGAAUAUUGAUUUGGUGAUCAACCUGAAGCUUCGGGAAGAUGCAUUGCUUGCAAAGUGCCUUGGAAGAAGGAUAUGUAGCGAGUGCGGAGGAAACUACAAUAUUGCCUGUAUCGAUAUAAAGGGUGAGAACGGAAGCCCUGGAAUAUACAUGGCUCCACUUCUUCCCCCUCCACACUGUGCAACAAAACUUAUUACUCGAUCUGAUGAUACGGAAGAAGUUGUUAAGGAACGGCUUCGGGUAUACAAGGAAAUGACUCAACCUGUGGAAGAGUUCUACCGCAGCCGUGGGAAGUUGUUGGAGUUUGAUCUACCAGGAGGAAUCCCAGAAUCCUGGCCAAAACUGCUUCAAGCUCUGAAUCUUGAACAUUAUGACAAAAAAUCUGCAGCAGCAUGAACUUUUUAAUACUCUUCAAUAUCUAGAACGUAAGUUAGAUCAUUCUUUGCAUGUUGAAGAUAUGUGCAUGGAUAUCAAUUUCAAAAUAACGAUGUCCAAUAAGAACUGGAAACAUGCCUAUACAUUUAGGAAUUUUUCUAUUGGGGUUUUGGAGAUGUAUGCAAUUGAUAAGAUGUUUAGAGGGCUAAAAGGAAUUAUGUUAUUGUCGACAAUGUUAUUUGGUCGACGCAUAUGUUUAGCUUGCAUUGAUUAUAAUUUAUUAUAAUUUUAGGUAA